AUGACGCCCACUACCAACCUUCGAGUCCUCGCCGUCUCCCUGCUCUCCCUCCUAGCCGCCACUCUCGCGGAGUCCUCUCCCUCUCCCCCUCCCCGGCCGACGGACCUGCCGGAGAGGCCGUUCACCGACCGGCCCAAAACCGCCCCCGCCCCGGCCCCCCUCUUGCUUUUCGCCGUCCGGGCCGACCUCCGGCCGGCCGCUCUCCAAGGCCGGGCCAAGCCUCUCGAGAAACCUCAGCAAAGCCCGGAUGAGGUGCUGGAGCGCCCCCCCAAACCCUUGGCCCAGGUCAUGUUCCCCAAGAACAUCACCGCGGCGGACGCCCUAGCGCCCCCUCUAGGGGCCGCCCAGGUGGCGCCCCCGCCGCGACGGCUGGUGGACGUGGACGUAUGUCGGGGUUACUACGACGUGAUGGGCCAGUUCGACAGCGCCUUCAACUUCAAGGACACCUACAUCUACUGCUGCGGGACCUGCCACUACCGGUUCUGCUGCCCAGAGCGCAGCCGGCAGCUGGAGCAAGACAGCUGCAAAAACUACGACUCGCCCGACUGGGCCAAGACGCCCGACAUGAUUAAACUGGAGGAGAUCGGACCGGACCAGGACUUCGACCCGCUGAAGCAGCAGAGCCACAACACGAGCUUUGUCAUCGGCGGGGUGGUGGUGUUCAUGGUGGCCGUGGCGGUGGGGAUCAAGGUGAUGUUCAACAAGGUGCAGCACGAGGCCAACCAGAGAGACCUCAAUAUGCCCAGGGCCCUGGUUGACAUGCUGCGCCACCAGUCCAGUCCGGUCCAGCAGGAUGAGAGGAACAACAGCGUGGCCUUGACGGUCGCCGACGGGCAGGGGACGCUCGGGAGGGCUCCCAAAAACCUGUACGGGCCCGGCCUGUCCAGCAAGGACAACAGAUUGGGCAAUUUGCAGCACAACUUCAUCCACUCGUCAGGCUCCAGUCCGAAACACACCGCGACAAUCGAGCGCACCCCUCGGAUGAACAACGCACAGCUGGCGGCCGGAGGGACGCUGCUCUCCAGCAAACACAACAACGCCAAAUCCCAGCCGGCCUUCCACCAUUCCCUGCACAACCUGGCCCAGCUGCCUCCCUCCUACGAGAGCGCCACCAAACCCGAGCUCAACAGAUACUCCUCUCUCAAACGCCUGGAGAAAGGUCUUGAUGAGUACUCGUCUGGUUACUGCACCACUAAGCGCCGGCCUCACACGGCCCAGCCGGCUCUCCAGUCCUCCCAGCAUCACCUCCACUGGGGCGGCGACUACACGCUCAGUGGGAGAGGAACCCUUCCCAGGCAUGCGGUACGUCCCUGGAUCCCGCCUGCCGCCAUGCCAACCUCACCGACCCCCAACCCUUACCCCCUGGAACCCCCGGAGCCCCAGUACAACCCCAGCUACGACACUCUCUCCAAGCCCCCGAGGAAGGUCAAGUCCCAGGACCAGCUGCUGAACAUGGGCGACGUCCCCGGGAACACCGGCACCCUGUCCAGGCUCUCCAAGAACCAGCAGCAUCAGUACUACAAAGCCAUGGCGGCCUCCAGCAAGAACUCAAACACGCAGACGCUCACUCGCAAGACCCAGGAUAGACAGGAGAGACAGGACAGGCAGGACAGGCUGCUCAUGUCUCCCGACCAUCUGGAGGAGAGGAUGGGGGUCGGCGGGAUCGGGGUGCUCGAUCCGUACGCCCACGGAGGAGGCAUGGUCCCCACCCUGCCUCGCCUCACCCCCCAGCAGAAGGCCCAGUCCCAGCAGAACGUCUGCGCCACGCCCUCCCUCGACCGGCAUCACAUGAUCAAGAUGAACUCUCACCCCACGUCCGGACGGGAGCAGGAGAGAAACACGGCCAUGACGGGGCACAUGGGCGGGGGCAUGGGCUGGGCGGGAGAGAUGCCCGGGGCCGGUGUAGUCAUGGGUACCGGGACACUAGGGGGGCACAGCGCUAGGCGGAUGGCUUUUGCUGCAAAGAGGCAGAACACCAUCGAGCAGUUACAUUUUAUACCAGGAGGGGGGGGCAGCGGGUCCGGGGGCAGCGGCGGAGGCAGCCAGGGCAUUAGGACAGGAAGUAAGAACGAGGUGACGGUGUGA